CCGUUGGUGUAAUAUUCACGCCUGGGAACAUGGCGAACAAUUUUAACUUUGUUCUUUUCGUGAUUUUAAUUUAUAACAUAAAUGGUAACGAUGGUGCUACUACAUACACCAUUGAUGAUUCUGUUGGCCAUGAAAGAACGUUUACUGGUAUCGGAGCAAUCAGCGGUGGAGGGGCUACAUCGAAAUUACUUGUGAAUUAUCCGGAUCAACAGAGAUCUGAAAUUUUGGACUACUUAUUUAAGCCUAAUUUUGGAGCUUCCCUUGAUAUAUUCAAAGUAGAAAUAGGCGGUGAUAUGCAAAGUACAGAUGGAACAGAAGCAUCACAUAUGCAUUAUAGUUGGGAUGAAGAUUAUACAAGGGGUUAUGAGUGGUGGAUGUUAAAAGAAGCCAAAAAGAGAAAUCCUAAUAUUAAACUGUACGGGUUACCAUGGGGUUUUCCUGGAUGGUUGAGUGAUUCUCAUGGACUACCCUGGAAGAACAUGGAAACAACGGCUGAUUAUAUUGUCAAGUGGGUACAUGGGGCUAAAGUUCAUCAUAAUCUAAAUAUAGAUUACAUUGGCAUCUGGAAUGAAAGUCCGUAUCGCACAAGUUAUAUCAAGAUAUUACGUAAAUCAUUAGAUAAUGCUGGUUAUAAACAUACGUUAAUUGUGGCACCUGAUGAGUUUCACUGGGGAAUAGCAGAUCAAAUGGCUAAAGACAAAGAAUUGGCAAAUGCUGUAUAUGCCAUUGGAGCUCACUAUCCAAAAACUACAAGUACUCAUUCGGCCCAGCAGACUGGAAAGUCACUUUGGUCAUCUGAAGACUCUGUUUGGGGACAAAAUACAGCAGAGACACUAAACCAAAACUAUAUUAACGGUUAUAUGACAACAACCAUUUUCUGGAAUAUAAUAACAAGUUACUACCCUGGUUUACAUGACUACAAUGCUGGGUUAAUGAGUGCUAUAGAACCGUGGUCAGGUCAUUACCAACUCAAGUUACCAAUAUGGGAAAUAGCUCAUACAACCCAGUUUACAGACAUAGGCUGGAAAUAUUUUAAACAUGGACAUGGUGUUGGUAAAUUUAAUAAUGGUGGAACUUAUGUUGCUUUAACCAGUCCAGAUGGAAAACAACUAACAAUUAUUAUAGAGACAAUGACAUCACCAGAACAUGGGAGUAGAUUAGCUGAGCAGCCGGUAAAAUUUGAGCUUAAAGGCAAUAUUGCUAAGAAUGUACAUUCUUUACAUGUAUGGCACACUGACACAAAGCAUUCUUCAAAAUAUUUCCAAAAGCAGGAUUCGAUUAAGGUAGUGGGUGGUUCUUUCUCUUUGACACUAAAAGAGCAUGAAGUGUGGACAUUAACAACAGUUAAUACUGGUCAUAAAGGAGAGUAUCAACAUAUUCCUGCUUCUAAACCAUUUCCGCUACCAUAUACUGAGAAUUUUGAAGGAUACAAUGUUGGCCAAGAACCAUAUUACUUUGCUCAACAAAUUGGAUCAUUUGAAGUUGAAGAAAGUGGUGGACAUAAGUAUAUGAAACAGGUGCUUAUAGAUGUACCCGUACAUUGGUAUUAUUGCCACGUAGAUAGUUACAAAACAUCUUUCAACAUAUUUGGAGAUCAUAAUUGGAAGGAUAUCUCUGCUACAGUUUCUGUUCAAAUCAAAGGUCAUAAUAUCAGUGAUGGCGUAUUCCUCGCAGUUAGAUCAUCUAUGAGUGGUUGUAAAACCAGAGAUCAGAUCAAAGGAUUGUUCAUGUUUUUCUUCCCAAAAGAACGUACUUUUACCUUAAGUACAGAUUUAUACCGAACUAAAGUUCUGGCAUCUGGUAAAGUUAAUAAAGUUACAAACAGCUGGGAUGUACUUAACUUACAAGUUCAGGGUAGUCGCAUUGUCGGUUCUGUCAAUGGAGAAAAAUUAUUUGAAAAAACAGCGCCUACAGAAAUAGCUCAUGGUUGGGUAGCUGUAGGAACUUACCCAUUUGGAAUUGCUUGGUUUGAUAACUUUAAAGUGGAAAAAGUUUCAUCAAGUAUUAUUGGAAGAUGAGGAGCAAAUAAAAGGAAUCAUUGUA